UGGUUAGUGUAUAAAUGAGGACUUACCCUUUAACCUCCACCAUAAAACAUUGAAUCUGAAGUGUGAAGGCUCUGAAACAGCGCAGAGAGGCGUGAUACUGAGCAACAUGCAGAGCUCCAUGGUUCCACUGAACGCUCCUCUGGGUGAUGGCAGAGGAGCUGGGACAAUCGUGGUGAACAUGCCGGAGCAUCCACCCGAUUACGUGGUGUGGUCCAUUGCCAGCUUCAUCUAUGGAGUCCCCUGCUGCCUGGGCCUGAUCGCCUUGAUUUUCUCCAUCAAGUCCAGAGACCGGAAGAUGGUGGGAGACCUGAAUGGAGCGAAGGCGUACGGCUCCAAGGCAUUUUAUCUCAAUGGCGUCACGCUUGCACUUACCAUCAUCCUCAGCAUAAUCAUAAUAGUGGUGACAGUAGUGCUGAGUACUAUGCGUUGACCAUACUAAUAUUCUUAAAUGUGAUAUUUAUUGAAAGUUUGCAUGGGGGAAAAUCAUUACAUAAGCAGCAUUAUCUCCCAGAAGAAUGAUGUGCUGUUGAAGUCCAACAAAACUGUUGCGAACAACAUAUUUAUAA